GGCGUUGCUGCUCAUUUGUAGAGCGAGCCUCAGCGCGCGCCCACAUUUCAGUCGAUCGUCGCGCCAUACAGUAUUUCGAUCGGAGCGGAGUAUUCGUGAACUCGUUUCAUUCUUGAUUGCGCUGCGUGUAGUUCAAAGACGUACAUCAGCUGAUUGCAAAAACAGAGAAGUUUCCAGCGUCGACUAUGUUUUGAUUUGAAGAAAAUUCAAAUUUUCAAUUACUUUUAGUGUCAUUACAAGUGGUACAAGGGAAGGAAUUUGAAUAUGACCAAAGAAAAUUAAAAGGGGUCGUUUUUCUGUAUUCAAAUGAAUAAGAUCAACGUCAUGAGGUAUUUCAAUAAUUCAAUGUUGCAGAUAACGAAUUAUUAUUAUUAAAGUUUUGGAAUAUUCUCAAGUAUCGCUUUACAAGGCGAUUGUCGAUGCAACAGCGAGAUAGCAUGACGUCAUGCACACCAGAUGAUUGCUGAAGUGCCUCUAGCGGACGCGCCUGGCUGUGUUGGAAAGUCUUUGCGCAGUUUUGAAAGACUGUACCACGCUUAUAACAAAAAAUGAAUUGAGUUGAACACAAAAUAUUCAAAAACGAUCCUUUUGCUAAUGACGUUCAAGUACAAAAACUUUUGAUUGGCAGAUGAGCGUACAAGGAUUGUUAAAAGAAAAUCACCAUCAUGAUUCCUGUAGCAGCUAUAUUAGGCUACGGUUUAGCAGCGAUUUUUGUAUUUGCUCUUUAUACAAUUGUCUAUCAAUACACUUACUGGAAACGUCGUAAAAUGCUACAUUUGGAAUCAGUACCUAUAAUAGGAAACAACUAUCCAAUGUUGUUUGGAAUCGAUUCUUUUCCUAUGCAUGCUCAAAAGAUGUACAAGAAAUUUUCGGGUGCCCGGUACUACGGCUGCUUUGAUUUCCGAAAGCCAGUGGUUAUCAUCAAAGAUCCCGAUCUCAUUAAGGAGAUAUGCGUCAAGAAUUUUGACGAUUUCACCGAUCACCUGACAUUUGUGACGGAGGAGAUGGACCCUAUAGCCGGUAGAAAUAUAUUUUCUCUCAAGGGUAAAAGAUGGAAGGAUCUUAGAAGCACUUUGACUCCGAGUUAUACUGCUGCAAGGAUGAAGCUUCUAUUCGAACUUAUCGACGAAUGCGCUAGGAAUUUCGGUCAAUAUAUUUUGGAAAACCCAGAGUUUGCGAAGAGCUUUGAGGCUAAAGAAGUAUUCACAAGGUACACUAAUGACGUCAUAGCCACUGCUGCUUUUGGAGUCAAAGUUGAUUCAAUGAAGGAUCAAGAAAACGAGUUCUUCAUGCAUGGAAAGGCUUCGACAACUUUCACUUCAAAAUUAUUAAUGUUGAAAAUUGUACUUCUAAGAAAUUUUCCUCGUCUGAUGCGACUGUUCGGUGCGACGUUCCUCCCGAGAUCAUCCGAUAAAUUCUUCAAGAAACUUAUCAACGAAGCAGUUACAUUACGAAGGGAAAAGGACGUCACUCGCCCAGACACGAUUCAACUGCUCAUGCAAGCAAUGGACAAAGAAGGCGGCGUCAACGUCACUAUGGACGAUAUUCUGGGCAACGCUUUUAUCUUUUUCCUGGCAGGAUUCGAUACUUCUUCCAGUCUCAUGGCUUUUAUGGCUCUCGAAUUAGCCGCUAAUCCCGAUAUCCAAGAGAAACUGCAGCAGGAAGUAGACCUGCAGCUGGAGAAAAACGACGGAAAACUGACUUACGAGGCUUUAUCGGACAUGAAAUAUCUGGACAUGGUAGUCAGCGAGACUCUGAGGAAAUAUCCGCCUGCUCCAAUUACGAACAGAGUUUGCACGAGGGAUCACGUUUUCUCGCCACCGAUGCAAGAUUAUCCAGAGUAUCGUAUGGAAAAAGACACUGUAAUAAUGAUUCCUAUUUAUGCCUUGCAUCGAGAUCCGCAAUACUUUCCCGAACCGGAGAAAUUCGAUCCAGAGCGAUUUAACGAGGAGAAUAAAAGUAAAAUCGAAGCUUACACGUAUAUGCCUUUCGGUCACGGACCAAGACAGUGCAUCGGAAAUCGGUUUGCUUUAAUGGAAACGAAGAUUUUGAUGGUGCACGUGUUGCGAAAGUUUACUAUUAAGUUUAUAGAGAAAACGGUCUUUCCGGUUGAAUUUAUUAAGUUGAGUUUUAAUCUUGGAGCUGUUGGCAAAUUUUGGCUGCAGUUUGAAGAAAGGAAAAAAGUUAAUUAGUAAUUUAUUUAGCAUUUAGUAUUAAAGUUCAGAACAGAUGCGUUAAGAAGAUGUACAUUUUUUCUACUUAUUUAUUUGUGUAUCUCAAUAACAGUGCUUUUUAAAAAAUAUACAUGAUUUGAACUACCUCGUUUUUUAACCUUAUGAUAACUAAACUUAAAAAAAAUACAAUAAAAAUAAUUCACAACAAA